CCAAUCGCAAUCAUAUGCUUAGAGAUCCUCUCCAUUGGAUUCAUCGGGCCUCACCAAACCCCUCUUACCUCUCAUUCAAAUCCCAGCAAGACAACAAUUGGGGUUUGAUCAAAAACCAGUCUUUCCUUCUUUCGCAGCCGAAACAAAAUUAAUGGGUGGAGAAGGAAAGGUUUUCGUUUUGUCCGAGGUCGCGGAGCACAACACUUCCAAGGACUGUUGGCUUGUCAUUGAUGGCAAGGUAUAUGAUGUGACAAAAUUCAUGGAAGACCAUCCUGGUGGUGAUGAGGUCUUGUUGUCGGCUACAGGGAAGGAUGCUACUGAUGAUUUUGAGGAUGUUGGUCACAGUAGCACUGCAAAAGCAAUGAUGGACGAAUUCUACAUAGGAGAUAUCGAUAAAUCGACAAUUCUCACAAAAACCACUUAUACUCCUCCCAAGCAGCCUCACUACAACCAAGACAAGACACCAGAAUUCAUCAUCAAGCUCCUCCAGUUCUUGGCCCCCCUAAUAAUCUUAGGCCUGGCUUUUGCCGUCCGCUUCUACACCAAAUCAGCUCCUGCUGCUUAGAUAUUUGGACUGCAAGGGCCUCGGUGUGACCUUUACAAUGAGUCUGCGUCAAUUAUUUUCACCCUUUGUUUUUGCGCCUUGUCGAGAGCUACUUAGGGGAUUGUUAAACUUGUGAUAUGUGCCUGGUUUUCAUUUGGCCUGUGACUCUCUUUCUCCUUAAUUUAACGUCCAUCUCCUGUUCUCUCUUGAUA